AUGUCUCCCGCCCCUGAAGACGGACUUCAGGUCACUCUUUACCAGGCUCCUUCCGACCCCCAUGGCGUUAUAAUAACAAAGGACGCGAUCAUCGCCAGGCUAAUGGCGGACCUAGCCCAGGCGAAUGCAGACAAGGAAGAUCUCCAGGCUCGUCUCACGAAACAGAAGCAGAGUGAGACGAUUUUAGAGAAUAUCAAUGACGAGCAAGACGCCAGGGUCGCCGAACUAGAAGUCAAGCUCCGCCGGCAAAUGAAAAAAUACAGAGAUCUGAAGCGUGAGCGAGAUGUCUUCGACCGAGCCCUUGACAGACAAGACUAUGAGAUCGUUGAAUUGAAGAAGGAAGUCUCCGGACAGAACAAGAAGCUCAACGACCAGGAGAGGGAGAUUGAGAGGCUAGAGACCCAGCUAGGCAUCUGGGAGAGGGUUGUCGAUGAGGAUAAUGCCUCGACAAAUUCCGAUUCUUCUUCCACGGACUAUAACUUGAUGGAUAUCGCUAGCGACGAGGAGGAGGAAGAGGACAUCGACGAAGACACCAGCACCAGCUCCAACUCCAGCUCCAGCUCCAGCACCGGCACCAUCAGCAUCGAGUCAGAGGACGAGGCUAUGGAUGACAACUAG